AUGGCAGACGAGGGCGGUGUCUUUCAAAUCGUUGUCGGAUCACAGAAACGGGGGCUUUCAAAGGCGGAGAGCUUUCAGACGAGGGCUCGCGGUCUUUUACUCUUCCAUUCUUCAUCCCGUCUUCAGGUCGCUGGUCGUGUGGAGUGCGGCGCUAUUGCUUGUUCGCAAAUAUCUUUCUUGUAG